AUAUCCCUCACAGGUUGUGUUCAUCACAGAGUACAUGUCGUCUGGCAGCUUGAAACAGUUCCUCAAAAAGACCAAGAAAAACCACAAGAGCAUGAAUGUCAAGGCCUGGAAACGCUGGUGUACGCAGAUCCUCUCUGCCCUCAGUUACCUGCACUCCUGUGACCCUCCCAUAAUUCACGGCAACCUCACAUGUGACACCAUCUUCAUUCAGCACAACGGCCUCAUUAAAAUUGGAUCAGUUUGGCAUCGACUCUUUGUGAAUGGUAAGAGCAUUUUAACACCUCACUCAAUAUGCAAUUUAUAG